UGUGGUGCACUCGCGUCAUUCGGAUACGUCGCGCCGUUUUCAAAACGACAAGAAAACGUCCUUCGAGCCUGAAGAAAAUUGCUAUGGAUUGGCUGUGAACAAAAUGCUACUGAUAUACAAGGAGAGAGUAUAGAGGAAUGUACUCACAACUGUUUUGAAACCUGUAUCAAACAAUUUAUAGAAUGUUCCAAAUUGCCACGUAACUCAAGCUUUAAUUUGAAUCAAGUUCCAUGCCAUUGCAACUUCUGUUGCAAAGAAAAAAAACAGACCAAGUUGGAGAUUGAAAAGGACAAUACCUUUAUUUCCUUACGAUCACCACACAAAAUGGAAAAUAUUUCAGGCGGCAAGCUAUCAGAAGAAAUUAAGGAAAAUGAUUUUGAGGUGUUAGGAUCACCAGCCCUUCUAGUAGAAAGUGGAGAAGAAGGAGAGAAAUCAUGUGCAAAACAGUUUAGCAAGUCUAAGGGCUUUUCUUCAGGAAAAGAAAUGGAGGAGUUAUGUAUUGAAGAACCAGCCUCUAAACAAAUAAAAAGAAGUUCAGCUACUUUAAAGCCAGAAGAGGAAUGUGAAUUUUUAAUAGAGGAAUAUUUGUCUUCUGCACCUUGGUUUUCAAUUUCUGGAAAGAAACAAAAACUACCGAAAAGGACAACAUCUGCUUCCUUUGAAGGAAGCCAGGAAGCUAAGCAGCAUAAUAAAAGAAAAAAAAAUAAAAGGGAGUUGAAGAAAACAGUUAUGCCAAUUCCAUUACAGGAAAUAAAUACAACAUUAUGUAAUGUUGGUGAAAGAUGUUUUGAUGGAUUUCAAAAUGCUUCAAGAAUUAAACAAGUAAUAGCUGUGGAGAAUAAUAAAUCACAAUUGGUUAUGCCUUUUGUUACCUCCCAAGAAACAAGGAAACAAAUUCAUUCUAAAAAUAACUAUAAAAAUUCAGGAGAAAUACAUAACACAAGUUACCCAAAAAGUAAAAAGCAAGCAAAAGGCCGUAUACCUUUACUAGAAGCAGAUGAAAAGUUAUCAGUCCAGAUACAACCUCUAGAAAUUACAAAACAAAGCUUAUCACGGAAUAAGCUGACCACACUGAGAAAAGUGCAAUAUGAAAAACAAGAGGAGUGCACAGUCUUGACUCUAUCAUUAAAGGACUGCACACAAUCUAAGAAUACAGAUAUUUAUUCUGACAAUUCAGAUUCUAUAUCAAGCUUUAUUCCUGUAGCUCAGGAGUCAUGCCAUAAUACACCGGUUAAAAAGCAGUUACCAUCCAAAAAACAAUCAGGGACUCAAAAGAAAAAGAAAAGAGCCCCUGCUGGACCUAUGGGGAAGGGGAACAGGCAAUUGGUUUCAAAGCACAGCCUUGAAGAUGUUCAUGGAGAGGAACAUUUAGAUAAAAAGAAGAAUCUUCAUCCUUUUAAGCUAAACAUUCAGUUGAAGAGAGCAACACCUCAAAAAAUAAGAGAGACUUCUUUACCAAAGCCUCAGAAUAAUGUAUUAUAUCAAGAAGAUCCUUGUGAGCAGCAUGUGGCAAAAAAACAUUCAAAUAUUUCAGUAACACCACAAAACAAUGAAAGAUCUUUAUCACAUGACCCACUACUACCACUUCAUAGUAAUGAAAUGUUUAGAAGAGAAUUGAAUCAAUUUAAUACAGAUGAUUCUGAUUCAGUAGUAUUGCCUACAAGCAUACCCAUCGUUCGGCGGUCCAAAAGAACACGUAUCAAACCAUUGGAAUAUUGGCGAGGAGAACGUAUUAAUUAUCAGAUGUGCACAUCAGGAGACUUUGUAAUUAGUGGAAUAAUAUCACCUGAACAAAGAGAAUCUAGGAAAUGCAAAGCGAAAAUUGAUAUGAAAUCUGUGUCAGAGACUGAGAAUUUGCACAAUAACUCAAUUUUCACAGAAAGUGUUUUUCAGCCAGCUGUUGUUUUUAAUAAAGCAUCUAAUCAACAAAUUCUUCUGGAAUGUGUGCAUAAUGGUAGUUCACCUGCAUUUUGCUUUAGUAAUGAAAUAUUGUCCAUUUAUAAAUACUUCAGUACACCUUCCUUUGCUUCUGGAAAAUUAAUAUUAAAUCCAUUAAAAGAAAAGGGAUAUCAGUAUUCCCACACAGACACAUUAAUUUUUCACAUUAGUUGUGGCAAACUUCUUCUAAUGCUGGAUGAUCAAAGCUAUCGUUUGACUGCUGGAAACUAUUUUUUUAUUCCACCAGGGAAUGUAUACAAUAUACGUAAUCUCUUGAAUGAAGAAUGUGUCAUCCUCUUCACACAGUUGAAAGGAAAAGAACAUCUUGACAACUAGGAAAUAUGCUUAUGGGGCAAUUCAUUUCCAUGUAAGAACUUUGGAACUUUUUGAGUUGCGAAGACUAGUCUUCAUUAUGUCAGAUAACUUAGAAUCAAAUGAAUUAUAAAUACAAAAAAAGAAGGAACUGGCUAACAGAAGUGACAAAUUUAGAAAAAGCAGCAUAAUUUUAUUAUUUGAUUGGUGUAAGCUUACUGCAUGGAAGGAGUGAAGCUCUGCAGUAAAUGAGCUUUGCAGUAAUAAAGCUUAUGCAAAGUUGAGAAAAGAUGAAGGGCCUGGCUAAAUAUAAAAGAUUAAUCUCUUUUGCAUUUCUGAAAAAACUCAAGAUUCUGCCAAAUGUUAAACAGAAGUACUUAAGUUUUUGUUUUUAUAGUUUUACUGGACUUCUGCUUGGAAUAUAUGGGCAUUUUUGCAUAAUAGAAAAACAAGCAAGGGAAGGCCAUGUUGAAGAUGUUUCUCUUCACUCUGUUUUCUUCUGCUUAAAAUAUAUAAAUAUAUAAUUUGCCUAGUAAAAUCUGGAAAUGGCAUAUAAGUUCUGCUGUAGGUUCUGCUUUUACUGUCUAAUGAUUAUGUGGGAGAGCUAAUAUAAUUGGAAAAUGUGAAAGAUUUGUAUGUUAAUAUAAACAACCACAUUAUCUUAUUUCCAGAUCUCUAAUGUAAUAAUAAUAAUCUCUAAUGUAAACUUGAACCCAUAAUUCUUGAAUCAGCUUGAAGAUCAAAAUCUGCUUAAAAACUGAAAAAAUCUUGAAAUCCCUUUUUUGCCCAGAUGCCCUCUAGUUCUACUGUUUGCAGUUAGGGUAUAAAUGUUUUUCAUGACUGUUUUGUACGUUCUGAUGGUUUAUACAUUCUAUUCUGAUGUUUUUUAAAAAACAAAGUAGUU